AUGAUCAUUGCUUGCAACCUAGCCUUCUCAUUCGUCGAGAAACCCAGCUUCAAAAUGUAUACUGCCUUGUAUACUCCUUUGGCAACGUUGCCAUCGCCAGACACGGUCAGAGUCCGACUCACCAGCAUGUUUGGAGCAGCGGUUAGCAAGUUGAUCAAUCACUUCAAAUCGAACAAUUCAUUGCUCUCGUUCUGUCUUGAUGGCUGGACAUCUCGUAAUUGUCUUGGAUUCAUUGGUAUCACGUGUCAUUGGAUUGAUGCUACAUUCAAGCCCAGGAAUGUGCUCCUUACGAUGACCAAGAUUGAUAUUACAACCUCUGAUGGCAAACACUCUGGCCUCAACAUUGCAGAUGCAUUCUUCAUUGCAAUGACACUACAGAGGUACUGCAUCACUGACAGAUGCCUUGCUACCAUUAGUGACAAUGCCAGUAACAACUUCACCUUCUCCAAGUCCUUGAAAGAGAUAUUGGAUGCCCGCAAGCUUCCCUACAAAGGCUUGGAGUCCCACAUUGGAUGCACCGCCCACAUCGUCAACCUUGUUGUCCAGGAGUUCAUCAAAGGUUUGGAGGCAUGCACUGUUCUUUCCAAGCUGCAUGGCAUCGCUGUUGCAAUCAGAGGUUCACCCCAGAGAAGAGAGAGCUACAAGUUUGACUAUAUUCCUUUUGGAAACAAAGACAGGAUCAAGCUACCCAAGAUGAUAGUUGUAACACGAUGGAACAGUCAGUACUUGGUCCUUGAAAGAGCAUUGGCGAUUCGCGCAACCCUCGAGAGGGUCUUCACUCAAAAGGAAUACGCUGAGUACGCUCUUGGCAAGGAUGAAUGGGAACUUGCGCGCACCCUCUUUGAGGUCUUGCAGCCAUUCUAUAGAGUCACGUUGGAAGUGUCACAUGCCAAUGCCAACCUCUCGAUCGCACAACAAAUUAAUCGUGGAGGUGUCCACGCAUACAACUCCUGUGGGAGAUUCAUCGACUUAGAGUCGAAUUCAUUUUUGUGCGGCAGGUUUGGCAACUGA